AUGGAAAACGAUGAUCCUACGACCCUAAAAGUUCAGUUCUACUGGCAAAGAGGAGUACUAGAUGCUCUAACUGAAAUUAACCUCUUAACAGAACCAGAGUCUUCUCGCGGAAUGUUCAGUGUCAGGGAUCAUUACAUCGGGGUGCGUACUGGCAAAUUCAAAGACCAGGCGGAGCCAGAAUACAAAGCUAUUGCUUCUGGCGAUAUUUUCACACUCAACACCAGUAAUCCCCGAGAUAUGCCACUCCCGAGUCGAACAUUACUCGAAUGCAAUGGAAUUUACAGCGAGUUGCAGGAAUGA